AUGUACCUUCUUAUUCUCACCAGCCUCACAGCUCUGGCAUUACCUGGUACCUGCUUUCCAGCCUGCUUUCCUGCUGUACAUGAUUUGCACGUCAAAACCGACAGUGGGCUGCUUCUUGGCUUUGUCGAGCCAUCCGCUCCCAACGUCCGUCAAUUUCUAGGCAUCCCAUUCGCUCACCCUCCAACUGGACCAAGAAGAUGGCUUCCCCCUUCGAAAUUGCGCUCAAGUGCACCCCUCAAUGCGACCAACAUCGGACCUGCCUGUCCGCAAAUAGCCUUCGAAGGUGCAGAGUCCGGUUUAAGCGUGUAUUCACCAAGCGGUGGCAACCAAACUGAGUACUUUCCUCUCGACUCAUUCAGCGAAGACUGCUUAACACUCAACGUUUGGGCGCCGUCAAGCGCCAAAAAACAACUACCAGUUAUUGUAUGGUUUUACGGCGGAGGCUUCAUCCAAGGAGGAACAAGUUCACUGUAUUUUAACCCACAAUCCUGGAUCCAACGAACUCAAGAGCAUAUCGUCGUCACCGUCAACUCCAGAACAAACAUAUUUGGGUUUCCUAACGCCGCGGGCGUGGCCGAGCAAAAUCUAGGCCUACUUGACCAGCGUCUCGCUCUUGAAUGGGUUCGAGACCAGAUUGCCCAUUUCGGUGGAGACUCGUCUAGAAUCAUUGGUUGGGGUGAGAGCGGAGGAGCAGAAGCCGUCGACUACCUUAACUUUGCAUAUCCUUCCGAUCCAAUCUACAGCGGCACAAUUCUCGACUCCACGACUGCUCUCUUCCCCAAAAAAGGAGGUCGAACAUUCGACACAGCUCGGACGAACUUCACCGCUGUUGCAGCGGCACUUGGCUGCCGCAACGCAAGCUCAGAGAUCGAUUGUCUGAGGGACAUACCGUGGCAAGACAUCGAAGCCGUCCUUGCGGCAGACCCGACCUUGAUGUUCCUACCCAUCGUCGACAACACCACCGUCUUUGAAAACUACACCGAGCGCUAUUCAAUAAACGCCAUAUCCUCCGUCCCCGCUCUCAUCGGCACAAACCAGCACGAAUACAACGAAGGGAUCCCAAGUCCCCUCAGCCUCACAUUCAACCAAUCCACUUCAGACAGGGAUACAGACGAGAUCUUCCUGUGCAGCACAGCGCGCACGUCACAACUCCGCCUGAGCCGCAACCUCACCACGUACAGAUAUCGAUAUGAUGGUAAUUUCUCUAACAUAUCGCCGCUUGCUUAUCCAGGGGCAUACCACGCCUCCGAGCUACCGUUGAUAUUCGGGACGGAGGGUGGUUUUCACGGAGCAUCUACCGCGUAUGAAAAGACAGUUAGUAGAACGAUGCAGGACUUUUGGCUUGACUUUGCGAGAGAUCCGGAGCAUGGGCUGCGCAGAGCCGGAUGGGGGACUUAUGCCGAAGGCAAGGCUGUGUUGCUUGGUGAUGUGGAUCAGCCGGUGAAGGGUAUUGAUGUCUCACAGCUCGACGACGUCUGCAGUACACUUCCGGUCAUCGAAUAAGGGAAGCUAAUGAGGUGCUUAAAAGCUCCUUGCGAGAAAGAAUUUCGGGGCAUGGUGUUGCGGGGGUUGUGAGUCUAGAUGUUGAGAGAGAAGCAACAGAGGAAGAGGAGAUAUGGUGUUUGAGGGUUAGUGUGCAGUUUGUCUUGUUGCUUCUUGGGGUUGGGGUUGUGGGUAAGGAUAGGGAAGAGGUGAGGAGCUAUAGGAGAGUGGGGUUAGUGGACUUGAGUUUGGGGUGGUUGCCGAUGCAUGAAGAUGAGUAGGUUGACGCUUGUUUGAUGGUCUUCUGGAGAAUUUUCAUGUCUAUUGAAAUCAGAUAUGGAAAGAGAUGCGCUCAUAAGGCCUGAAAGCUCUAUGCCUGAAUGCUCAAGCAAUUUGAAGGUUGUUUAGUACGGUCACGUGGAUCUAUUUCGAUCGAUCCCGAAUAAAAUACCGCAG